AUGGACCCCUCGCUGGAAUCGCCAGCGGCCGUCCAUGAUGCGCUUUUCAACCACCUGGCAAUGCCAGCCAAACUCCCCCAGCAGCAGGACCCCGAGAAGCAAAUCCAGCUCAUCGAGUCUGAGCUCGUUCAGCGUCUGGCUGCCGCCGCCAAGUUCAUGAGCGAAUUACCUGGCAAUGCCGACCAGUACUGCAAUGUCUGGGACUCAAUUGGCAAAACACUCGCCGCUUGUCAGCAUCUCAACGCAGCCGGGCGAGUUGACAAGACAGUUCUUCUUCGAGAACUACACGACCUGGACUCGUCUGGCUGCAUUGUUCUGCAUAUUGAGAAACAGAAUGCUGGCCUCAUCAUCCGUCGAUCACAGGAUCCCAUAUUCAACGACAGUGUCAUCUUCGAGGCCUUUGAAGCGUCUGCUAAGAAUGAAAAUGUCUUGGCCACCAAGAGUGCCCUACUCUGGGAUUUCCCCGGCAUUGCAGUCGCCAUCCCGUUCACGACCUUCGCCGAUCAUCACUUUCAAUCAAGCUUAGCCACAUUCAUUGAGCAGGCGUCGUUAGAAACCGUCAAGGACUUCGCUGCCCACGCCUUCAAGGCCGGCACUAGUGUCUUCGAGUAUCGAAACACUGGUGACCCUUCCAUCAUCACCUCUCUACUCAUGGCAAUCCUGGAAGAAAACGGCCGCCGUGUUGCUCCAAUUCUUCUCAGGAAGCGUGUUCGCGAUGACGUCUGCUGGGAUCAUGCCAAAAAGCCAUGGCGCAGAUUACCUUACUACCUCAUCCUGCGCGUCUGCAUCGAGAGGUUCCUCUGUCUGUCGUUGAGUCCGGAGCAAGGUCGUCUUGAAUACAAGUUCUUCAUGUGCGUGCUUUUGUCAACGUUUCUCGACGCUACAAUCGCCUUCCAAGCUGGCACUGAGAAAGUACACUUUUUGAAAAAGAAAGUCUGCCGCCGACUUGUCAAAGUUGACCUGGAUAGAAGCCGCUCCCAGGAUCGUGCAGCCAUUUCGAGAUACGACUUUCUCUUCAAUCGCCUCAACCCGACCUUCACCACAACCAUUGACAAGUGUUCCUACUUUCUCCAUCGGGCGAUCACUCAGACGAGGAAGAGCUUGACUAAGCAAAUCCCCACGCUCCCAAAGAAAGCCUCUUUCUUGGAAUUGCAGCUUGGCCUUAAGGUGAGCUAUGACUACAUUAGAAAGGUCAUCGUGAGCCACAGAGCGCCACGCAGAAGACGACAAUAUCGGGAAGUUCCAGGCGAAGGUUCGAUCGAGACACCCAAAGAUCAUCUCAGUCAUUAUGCUCAGCGCUAUCAUACGCUGAUUAACACCGAGACGGAGCUCCUUGCAGCGUCGAAAGAUUCCUGCGCACAGAUUUCUCAACAAAUCUUCGACUACAUCCAUACAGCAAUUCCUUUGUAUGAGGGCAACGCAGAACAAAAAAGCCAGAUGCUUCUGACCGUCAUGGAGUUGUGGAUCAAGAUGGAUUCGAUCGCUUGCGCUUCAUUUCCCCUGCUGACGGACUUUCAUCCAAUGUUCUACCCACAAAUGCUCGAUGUUCUUCUUCUACCGCAGCUUGUGGAUAUGAGGCGCCUUAGCAUGCUCCAAGACCUUCUGUCAGCUCGCGUUAAAAAGGCCAGUGCUAGCCGCCGCAAUAUCUUUGAGGACCCAUCGCCGGGUUGCUUUGCUGAGCGGUACUAUAAGGAAUCAAGCGACGGGCUGGCCUUGGAAGAUUUGCACGGAGCAAUCACUGAGCUAGCCAACAAUAUGCGCGAUCAAAAACAACGGGAGUGGAAGAGGAAAAGCAAGGAAUACGACGAAUUGAUCAGCCGUAUCGACAUCAGCGCCUGCACUUACGUCUUCGACGAGCACAAUCCUCACAGCCGCGGGUACCAUGACCGCAACUGUUCGAGGUGUUCCAUGAUGGAGAGAGCUCAAAGCAUGCGCAUCAAUAUAUUCGAAGACCCCCUUCCUAGUGACCCUGUCGUUGCACGAGCAGUCAUUUUCGAGUUAGUCUGUCCAAAGGAGUAUGCGGCAUAUCGAGAUACGACAUGGUGGCUUCUUCGACAGCUCGCGACUCACUUUGAUGACAAAUCCAUUCCGCCUCGGUGUCUUCUGAGAGAUUAUCUCCAGCUAAAGUCUUUUUGGAGACCGAGCCAUCAUAAGCUUGGCUUAGCCUCGACUACAAAGCCUUUUCAUGUCACUCACUACACUUCGGUUCCCUUUCCAGUUGAAUGGUAUGGAGGACGUGAUGGUGUAUGCCGCCCAAACGCUCUGAGGCUCGGAUACUUUGACGAAUCGACCUCAACGUGGCCCAGCCGCGUGAGAUUCCGACCUUCAUUCGAGCACCAAGUGGCUCUGGUUUUGCCAAAGAGUUCGCCUUGGAGUUCGCUGCUGGAGACAAAGACCUACUCGUUGAGUGGCCCAGGUCCGUCCUCCUACGAAGUUGUUGCUAGCCAGUCAAGCUGCCCUCUGGGGAUCAAUAACCACGAAUAUCUGGCCAUGCAAACACUCAUGACCUGGAAGGCUCAACGCUGGAUCGUCUUGCUCACGGAACUAGCUUCAACAAAUUUGAACUUCUCAAGCGAAGUCACGAUGCUUCUGGUGACCCAUCUCGUCCUCCAAAGCGGCCCGCAAGAUACCUCCGGUGACUUUCUUCGAGCCACUCACAACAUCUUUCGAGACGAGUCGUUCUGCGGAAGACUCAUGGAGCAGAUUCAGACGCGACUGGAAAGCGUGCAGGCCAAUUGGCGCGAAACAUAUCAAAUGGACAUUCUGAUCACACUUCUGCUCCGGACUUUCGCGUUGACGGCCACAAACCCCGACCCAAAGGGAUUUCCAACCAUUAUCCGAGCACGAGAAAUUUGCUUGCGAUGGGUUGAAAUGCUUCGGUUCGAGACAUUCCGAGCAAGAGAUGUUGAAACAGCCCGCAGGUGUCAACAGUACGCUCUGUGGGCAGCGGUCCUUUGCAAGCGCACGUACAUCAUCCAUGCGAACCAGGUUGCGAAUCUUGAUCCCCCGUCGCUGCAAACGUACAUCGAGUGUUGCAUUACAGUCCAGGACAACUUGGUUGUUGACGUCGGCGCAUUGCCUCAAAUUCUCCAACAUGCUGUUAUUUCGGACAUGAAGCUCUCAUAUCGUCUAUCAUCACUGGUACGCAAGUCCAUUGCGUCUGCACCCGACACCUUCAGGAUCGCAAUUAUGACAGUAUGGCCUGAAGCCGACGGCCGUCCUCGUACGAUUUAUUCUCUCCAGCUUGAGUCAGAAUGGGUUAUCUGCGAGAUCCAAGGCCAUGACGGCUGGGAAGAGUGCAUGCAGACGGUUCAGUAUAAUACUUGCACAGGAUUGCUCCUCGUCGACAACCGUCCCCUUGGAAGACUUCCCAGGCCGCCUGAACAUACAGAAGUCCUCACGGAACUUUUCGGUGAGCAGGCUUUGCUUACUCGUCCUUCGGACAUGCCUGGCAUGGACUACACACUGACUGUUAAACAUCGUGGAUAUCGCAUCGAUAUUGGUUACGACGGCGAUUCCAUUGUCAUUCGGGCGACUAAAGGACAGCAGUACCUCCAAUUGAUACACAGAAGCAAGUUCAAAUCGCGAGACGCAUGGGAUCUACCCGGCCCUCUUUUGAAUGAUUGCGUUCACUGGCUUGACCUACGCAGUGGAAAAGUACUCAUCAUCCCGAAUGCCGACAAAUGGAAGAUUGGCCACCACUACUGGAUACUCGAUGUUCAGAAUCGCAGCUGCACGAACCAAAGUUCUCGGCUUGUCGACACGUAUAGUCGCCUGUUCACCCGCGUCGCUGGAAUUUUUAAUGGCUUUGAAGAACGGAUGCACCUCCUUGUGUUCCAACCGCACACAGGACAGUUGAGCGUAGAGAUACGCCGGCUACAACUUCUUUUUUAUAUCAACACCCGCCGCCUGCUCGAGUCACCUCAAUUGGGCUCUGAGAUUGACUAUCGGAUUAGAAACCAAGAUAUAGGCACAUGGUACGGCCUUGAGAGCAAGCUGGUUUUGCGGAACCCACGCGAUAUCCAGCAGAGAAGUAUAUUGACACCAAUUGGUCCAGUGGAAGCAAAACAAAUCGAUAGCAGCAUGCUUGUGAGAGUGCUUCCCAGUGGAGAGUAUGGCAAAUUUGUCAUCAACAGACAUCUCGGGCGGAUCGAGUCGGCUCCAGAGCCAAUGCUUCUCUACAUGAAAGCACAGUUACACGCAUAUACGUCUUCGGCGUUCCCGGACCCUCUCACUGAACGAACUGGCACAGAAGAGGCAUUACAAUGGCUAAACUCUGGGAUCUGUCAACCCUGGUCUCCCCUUCACAGUGGACCGCUCAGAGUACUACUCAAGAUCGCUCAGCUCACUCCACAGCAUGAGUAUUAUCCGACCGACCUCAAAGUCAUGAAAACGGAUCGCUGGGACGUGAGCUUAACUGAAGGUGUACAGCAUGAAAUGUUCAGGCCCAUUGUGGAACAGAUUUUGUCGAUUUCGGCAGAGCUCCAGUCAUUUGCACUCAUGAAUGUCGAUUUCGGUGUACUGCCACCCGCAGGCGACCCUCACCUGCAUGAUCGGGCCAGGCUUCGCAGGCAAAUCUAUGAGCGGUCUUACGAUAACAGCACAGAUAUUCCGAAGGCCGUCGACUGCAAGUACCUGUCGCGCGAUGCCCCGGCAUCUUCUAAUCAGCGUCACUUGCAAGUUCUGGAGAUUGUCAACUUCCUCCGGACUUGGCCGCAAAAGGCAACCACGACGCAAUACCUGGCACAGCAACUCUCUCAAAACAUUCUGAUCGGUGGAUUUCAAGAAAGCUGCGAGAAGACUUCAUUGAACGACCGCCUGGGCAUUGAUAUUGCGGCAAACUGGGGCUCCCUAGUCAAGUCUUGCCGGGAACAACAAACCCCCUUUACAUUGAUGUUCAUGCUGGCACCCAUGUCGUACGGCUCAAAGGCCGAUCUGAGCCUCGUCAAGACCUUAGCGGCUUUUGCUGUUUACGAGGAACUGAAAGCUGUUGAGUUGCCAGCUUGGGUCGAGUAUCGGGACUUCCAGCCCAACCAAGUCCCUCAGCUAGACAACCUCAUUCAAGUACUUGGACCGUUCAAGACCCCAGCCCCCAAGGAUGAUGGCGACGAACUCAAAAGUUUUGCCAGUGCCAAACAGCUUCGACGCAUGAGAGACCAGAAAGCAGCCUGGGAUCACAAGGCCGACGAUGAUUGCGCGUUCUUGGCGAAGUUCUUACUUGCACAGUGGCCUUGCAUCGAGCCAGGCGUUGCAGAUAUAUCUAAGCCUUUGCUGGUCGACAUCGAAGCUGCUUUGGGUGUUGUCAGAGUUGAAUGGAAGCGCCUGUAUCAAAACAAGGACCUGUGUGCACACUUGAGCACUGUUCAGUCUAUUCUGGAUCAGCACCGAACUGAGACAGAAUACGAGGCCCCGUGCUUCAUUGCAUCGGAAGAGAGCUUUGGAGACCGGCUACGUGGUGGUGAGAUCCCUUCACUAAGGUCUGACUUGUUGAGAAAGACAAUUCCGACUCUUCACAACGGCGGGAUGACCAACUUGAAAGAAGUUGUCAAGGUCAAGAUCACUGACCCUAGAGCGGGUCGGCUCGUCGAACCCUUCCGCCACCCAUCACACAUUCGCCAACCAAUCAAGCUUCCAUCCUCAACAAUGCGAAGUUCUGGGACCAAUGUUCUAGCACCGAGCUGGAUGUCCGCGAAGACGACGCUAAUUCCUUCCAGCGGGGCCAAUGCUGAACUAAGAAAAAUUGUGUCUAACCUGUCCAACUCGAAGUCGCUGGUACGCCAAAGAUACGCGAAGGACCUGGAAAAGAGUCUGAACGCCUUUGUUGCCAGGCAUGCCUCUAAACACACCCAAGACGAUACGUCACCAGAUUUUGUUUCCCGUGAGGUUUCCUUGUCGAUUCUUUCGACCCAACGACGCUACAAGGCUAUUGCUCUUGCUCUAGAGAAACCUAACGAGAAUCUCUCUGCUGAAUGCGUGCAUUGGCUCAAGGCCGGUCAGCUUUGGCCUGCGAUCACUACUGUGACCUUGUUGGAACAGCUCCGGUCGACUGCUACGCCCGUUCAAUUCGGCAACUCAGUGUUCGAGGCAUUGCUGGACUUUGGCAUCUCAAUCACAGACGCUCAGCGAGAUCUCCGUAUCAAUCAUGCUACUAUGCGUGGCGAUGCUGGAAGAUACGCAGACGAAAUGGCAAACAAGGGCCACUCAAAUUGGCAGCCAUCCGAGCAUCCCGAUUGGUUACUUCUCGAAAUCGAAGCCAAUUUGAUGAUUCGACCUGAUCAGGUUGACGUUGCCUUGGCUACAAUAUCACCAGCUUCUGGUUGCAAUUCUGUCUUACAGAUGAACAUGGGGCAAGGCAAAACAUCUUGCAUCAUACCUAUGGUGGCUGCUGCGCUGGCAAAUACCCAAAACCUUGUAAGAGUAGUGGUUCCCAAAGCUCUUUUGCUGCAAACGGCCCAGCUCCUUCAGGCACGACUCGGCGGUCUUCUCGAUCGACAAGUCCGACACAUUCCGUUUUCUCGUCGAACCCCUACACACGAAAACCUCGUUCGAGCAUACCACAGAGUGCAUAGAACUAUAACGAAGCAAGCCGGGGUCAUGGUAUGCCAGCCGGAGCAUAACCUGUCUUUCAUGUUGAGUGGCCUGCAGCGGAUGGUAGACAAUAGGAUGCCGGAAGCUGGGCCAAUGAUCAACGUCCAGUCGUGGCUACGCACUCGAUGCCGCGACAUUUUGGACGAGUCUGAUUACACAUUGGCUGUAAGAACGCAGCUCAUCUAUCCUUCCGGCUCACAAAUGACUGUCGAUGGGCAUCCUCAUCGUUGGCAAGUGGCGCAAGACCUCUUACGACUCGUUGACAGACAUCUGUACGCCCUCGCCCACCAGUUUCCGAACUCGAUCGAAGUCAUUCGACGAUCAGAGGGAGGCUUUCCAUUGCUCUUCUUCUUACGAACGGACGUCGAGGAGGCCCUUGUCAAGCUUCUUACUUCAGAUGUGCUACGGGGUGAUGCCGGGAUCCUCCAGUUGCAGAACCUCGACGGUGCCGACCGACUUGCUGUUAGGGAGUUUUUGUUCAAUGAAAGACCCCGGGAUGGAACUCUUCAGCGUAUCCGUCACCUAUGCCCGGACCGUCCAAGCGUCAAGCAGACCAUUUAUCUGCUGCGGGGUAUCUUGGUCAACCGCAUCUUAAUGAUGACUCUGAAGAAGAGAAGGAACGUUCAGUAUGGGCUCCAUCCCCUCCGAGACCCCAUCGCAGUGCCUUACCACGCCAAAGGCGUCCCGAGUGAGCAGUCUGAGUGGGGGCACCCAGAUGUCGCCAUCCUAUUUACAUGUCUGGCAUUUUACUACGACGGCAUCAGCAUCACCCAACUGACCCAAUCCCUCGAGCAUCUUCUCAAGUCCGAUAAACCAACAUCUGAAUACGAUAAGUGGACCCGGAGCAGUGCAGGAUUCCCCGAGCACCUCAAAGCCUGGAACUCGAUCAAUGUCGACGAUGGCCAGCAACUUGUUGAGAUAUGGAAAGCUCUGCGGUACAAUAUUGCAGCUAUUGAUUACUUCAUGAACAACUUCGUUUUCCCUCAGCAUGCAAAGCAGUUCAAGGUCAAGCUUCAGUCAAAUGGCUGGGAUAUCCCUCUCUUCUCAGUUCACGAAACCGGUCAGUCAACACAAGCAAAGUCAGCAGGGCAGAGAUACGCAUCUACGUCAUCGGCUAUGACAACCGGGUUCAGUGGCACAAACGAUAAUCGUACAAUGCUUCCGCUCACCAUCACGCAAGACGAUCUUCCCGGACUUUCACACACCAAUGCAGAAGUUCUCACAUACCUAUUGCACGAUCGGUCUCGAGAGUGCCACAGGGUUGUCGGACCCCGUGGGGCGCGUGCAUCCGAGAUCGAUCUAUUGAGAGAGCUUCAUUGUCGUGGCAUCAGAAUUUUGAUUGAUGCUGGCGCCCAGAUCCUGGAGAUGGACAACGAGACCCUGGCAAAGCAGUGGUUGAUGGUCGACGAGCAAGCUGCCGCGGCUCUGUUCUUUGACCAAUGGAACAAGCCAUGGAUCAUCCAGCGAAGUGGCAGAAAGACGCCGCUCCUCGCCUCUCCAUACGCCGAUGACCUCAGCAAAUGUUUGGUAUACCUGGAUGAGGCUCAUACGAGAGGUACAGACCUCAAAUUCCCUCCAUUGGCACGUGGUGCGUUGACUCUUGGACUGAAUCAAAGCAAAGACCAUACAGUUCAAGCUGCUAUGCGUCUGAGGCAACUGGGUACGACUCAAUCUGUGACCUUUUUCGCUCCCCCAGAAGUGUACCAAAGCAUUGUUGAUCUCCACCGCAAACCGCAUGGGGCUACUGUGAGUUCCCGCGACGUGAUUUCCUGGCUCUUAGACAACACCUGCGAUGGUAUUGAGCAGUUACAGCCACUUUACUAUUCCCAGGGCAUUGACUUCUGUCGCCGAAUGCAGGCUGCUAUUGACAAUCCGGACUUCGUCAAAGAUAAGUAUCAGCGGGAGGCCUAUCUCGGGACGAUCAAGCAAGACGAGCAACAUAGCCUACAGAAGCUGUACGAGCCGAAACGAAAGAUCAAGGGAGCUGGAGAAUUUCAGGCGGGUUCAGACACGAAGAUCAAGGCCUUUGUUAAGGAAUUAAACCAGAGACGCAAGGCAUUCCAAGACACAGGUCGAGCUGUGCAUGCAUCCGCUCUCCAAGAAGUUGAACAAGAACGAGAGGUGGCCUUCGAGUUUGAGACAGUUCGCCAAGUCAAGAAGCCGCAUCAUUACCCAGCCUUGACUUUCCCUGGGCUGCACCCAGAAGUCGAGUCCUUCGCCAAGACAGGAAGAAUACCCGCUGGCGCCCAUACCUUCAUCCCUGCCUUCAAGUCUUUGUCCAAGACUGCGAUAGGCAAGAAGUUCAAGGUCUCGGAUUCCUCGCGUUCCAAUCUCUACGUUACGACGGAAUUUGAGCGAACGGUCAAACUGAGCUUCGACCUCACAAGCGACAAUUUCCUACGAAAUGUGAACUGGGUUCUAUGGAGUCGCAAGACCGAAGUGGCCUUGAUCGUUAUACCGGAGGAGGCGGAGAUGCUCUUGUCUAUUCUCAAGGAAUCAGCCCUUCACUGCGCGACAAACUUGAUUACCUACGCGGCUCCAGUCACACGGAAGAUGCUCCAUUUCAGCAAUCUCAACUUCUUCAGUAUCCCUUCCCUCCCUCAUGACUGGAAGGCUCCGGAUUGGCUGAAGACCGAGCUGGGAAUCUACGGAGGCCAGCUGUAUUUUGAAUGGGCCGAGUAUGACCAGCUCUGCGAGUUCCUUGGCAUCGACCAGUCAUUGCCAUUGUUAGAGUAUCUCGAUCAGGAGGGGUCAGACAGCGACUCUGCCGAUACGCAGAGCGGCGAGAAGCACAAGGUGUAUAUGGCGCCCAAAGGUCUUACUGCGCGGCCCCUGUCUUUCGUGCAGGAGUGGCUCGCCGCUCGCCGUCGCGGCCAAGACUUCAUGUCGACCCCAAUGGGUUUCAUUGCGCAAGGCAAGACUCUCCAGGAGGAUCACCCGUUCUUCCGCCAAGUCGUCAUCGAGAAUCAAGAAAAGCUGUUUGCUCCUAUCCAAAGCAAAGGGGAUGACGAAGAGGACAACGGCGAUCAUCACCUUGACGUGUUUGCUGUGGAUGGCAUGGGUGCCAAUGAAGAGGAUGAUAGCGAUGCACACGAAGAUGAGAUUGAGUACACUGAUUCGGAGAUUGGAAGUGAAGGGGAGAAGGAUUGA